GGAAGCUGAGGUGUUUAUCCCUAAAUUAGCUCGAUGGCUAAAGUCGUCACUUGUUAGGGUGUUAUUUACACUGCCGGCGUUGCUGGCGUUGUUUGUGCAAACAGUUUAACGACAGUCAUCUGGAAAUCUUUUACAGACUCCGAAGAUGAAGUCUGUGUUUCUUCUCGAGCUUUUCUGCUUGGCUUGUUUUGUGUUUUUAGACCAAGUGGCAGCAAAGAACUCUGAAGACAUCCGCUGUAAAUGCAUCUGUCCCCCGUACAGAGAUAUUCAAGGACAAAUCUACAAACAAAAUGUCUCUCUCAAAGACUGUAACUGUCUCCAUGUGGUUGAGCCCAUGCCAGUUGACGGGAAAGAUGUGGAGGCAUACUGUUUACGCUGUGAGUGUAAAUAUGAAGAGAGGAGCUCGGGGACAAUUAAGGUAACCAUCAUUGUGUACCUCUCCAUUUUGGGCCUGCUGCUGCUCUACAUGGUCUACCUGACUCUCCUGGAGCCCAUACUGAAGAGGCGUCUCUUCGGACACUCGCAGCUCAUCCAGAGUGAUGAUGAUGUCGGGGAUCAGCAGCCUUUUGCCAACGCUCACAACGUUCUGUCCCGUUCACACUCUCGACCCAACAUGCUGAACAAAGUGGAGCACGCCCAGCAGCGCUGGAGGAGGCAGGUCCAGGAACAGAGGAAGUCUGUGUUCGACCGCCAUGUUGUUCUCAGUUAAACUGCCCAGCGAAGGAGAGUUACUGGUGGAGCAGGAUAAAAAAAAAAAACACUGUGACAGAGCCCCCUCGAUUUAUAUCACUCCCUUUCUCUCAUUUGUGGUUUGUAUCUCAUCAAGUGUGACACUUCCCAGAUGAACACGGUGAAUAAAUGUGGAUCUGUAGAGCAGAAGUCCUAGUGAAACGUUUAAUCAAAGCUGGGAACUCUUAUUUAGUCUGCAGGCGGCACAAGAGAUUACAGUGAAUUCAUUUCUGCACAGUCGUGAAUGAAGAGUCUUAAACAGCAUUUUUUCCAAAAGCAGAAUUUACUCUGCCUGCUGUGUAGUUUGCAGAAGUGCCAGCUCACCCGAAAAUUUGCAGUGAACAAUUUGAUGUUAGAGACUAAUAAAUGUGAGAUAAAAAUAAAUCUUUGAUGUGAAUUUUUUAUAACAUACUCUAACUCUUGUGGCCACAGUGUCAGGUGGAGUAUCAUCAGUCCACCUCUGACCAGUCGUCAACAUUUACAAGCCAAACUGGCUUCCAGAGUCAAACAUCCAGAUGUUGGUUAACUAGACAGCUGAGCAGCCUGCUGACUGCAGUAAUGACCUGUUAACAUGUAGCUGCUGGUUAUUUUUCCACACUAAAACAAACACAACUCGGACCUGCUGCUCUCACCACAGGAGAAAGGAAAUAGUGUAAAAUAGAAAUCUUUCAGCCUUCUUUGAAAAAUGCAUGUUUUAUAACGAAUCUUUUAUAAAUGUCUUUUGAAUCCUUCAUUCCUACCAUGAUGUCUAACGUCUGAUAACUGGUGUGAAAAUCAUCAUUUGCAUUGAAUUUGAUUUCUCAAAGUAGUCUCACUAAACCUCGUUGCAGAAAUCGAUGCAAUCUCUCUGUGGUGAUGUCAUAGUAAUCGUAGCUGUGCUAUUGAUCCUCGUCUGUUGAAGACCCUCUUAAAAUCAGUGCCCUCUUCAACUGCAUCAACAAAUCUAAUGACUAGUCUUUUAUUUCGGCUCCUCUGUGUGCUUCGUCUAACGUCAGCUCCAUUGUGACGGUCCUUGUUGUCUCACAGGCAGCAGUAGUGCGACAGAAUGAUGUUAUUCAGAGUACAGAGAGAAUUUAUUUUGUGUAUAGCUGGGCUGUGUACAGACCUAUGAAAGUGUUCUUAACUACUGUAUAUGUUAUACCUUUAACUUUGAAAUAAAUUAUGUAAUAUUUGUGA